GCGCGAUGGCAGCGCAGCGGCUGGGCAAGCGCGUGCUGAGCAAGCUGCAGUCCCCAUCGCGGGCGCGCGGGCCGGGGGGCAGCCCCGGGGGGCUGCAGAAACGCCACGCGCGAGUCACCGUCAAGUACGACCGGCGGGAGCUGCAGCGGCGGCUGGACGUGGAGAAGUGGAUCGACGGGCGCCUGGAGGAGCUGUACCUUGGCAGGGAGGCAGACAUGCCUGAUGAAGUCAACAUUGAUGAGCUGUUGGAGUUGGAAGACGAAGAGGAGAGAAGCCGGAAAAUCCAGGGACUUCUGAAGUCAUGUACGAACCCCACAGAGGACUUCAUCCAGGAACUGCUGGCCAAGCUGAGGGGUCUGCACAAGCAGCCAGGCCUCCGGCAGCCCAGCCCCUCUGAUGAUGGCAGCCUGAGCCCCCUCCAGGACCGUGCCCGGAUGGCGCCCCCCUGACCCUCAGCUGUGUGACCCCUCUGCACCCCCAACACACCCAGCUGUUUAUAAGUUGUAUUUAAUGGUUCUGUUACAA